AUGAGGGCAGCACAGGCGAGCAUCAGAGGUGAGCCUGGCGGGUCAGGAAUCCUGACCACGGACGUGCAGCUCGCCAUCUUCGCCAACAUGCUGGGUGUGUCGCUCUUUCUGCUUGUCGUUCUUUACCACUACGUGGCCGUCAACAAUCCCAAGAAGCAAGAAUGA